AUGUCGACCUCCUCAGGUCCACCAGAGUCCUGGAUAGCAUCCUUCUGCUCCCUCCUCGGCCACGAAUAUUUCGCAGAGGUCUCGGAGGAGUUCAUCGAGGAUGACUUCAACUUGACGGGGCUACAAUCACAAGUGCCCAUGUACAAAGAAGCGCUCGAGAUGAUACUCGAUGUCGAGCCAGAAGACGAUGAGGACGAAGAAGACGAGGAGGAUGAGGAUGAGGAAGACGUCAGUGGCGACGGCCUCGACCGGAGGCUUCCUGGAGAGCGCCGACAUCACAGCAGGAUGGCUAGCGACCUUUCGGUCAUCGAAUCCUCGGCCGAGAUGCUCUACGGCCUCAUACAUCAGCGAUAUAUCUGCUCGCGCGCAGGCAUACAGCAAAUGUCGGAGAAGUACGAGAUGGGUCACUUCGGCUGCUGCCCUCGGACGAAUUGCAACCAAGCAAGAACACUGCCUGUCGGCCUGUCGGACAUACCAGGCGAGGACACGGUGAAGCUUUUCUGCCCCUCUUGUCAGGAUGUCUACGUGCCUCCCAACAGUCGUUUCCAAACUGUCGAUGGCGCAUUCUUCGGCCGGACAUUUGGCGCCCUGUUCCUCCUCACAUUCCCCGACUACGAUUACUCAAAGCACGGUGCCGACCUGAUGUCCUCUAAUUCCUUGCACAUAAGCCGCCGGUCGGGCGACGAUGACUGGAUGGUCAAUGGCAUGCAUGCCAGGAACAUUGCCCCAAGCCUAGGACCCGGCAAGAUCUACCAGCCAAAGAUUUACGGCUUCAAGGUGUCAGAACUUGCACGCUCUGGUCCACGGAUGCAAUGGUUGCGCGACAAGCCCGCGGACCUGUCUGAGCUGGACGAGGCACGCCGAUACGCAGAAGAAAACACGGAUGACGACGAGAGCAUGACCGGAAAUUCUAAACCAUCUAGGAGGAAGCCUCGUGGAAGUGCCCGCCUGCGCCAGAGACAACAACAAAACGGGAGCCCCAUGGCUGUCGAGGCUAACGGCGCCGAGUCAGAGCUCUAG